AUGGGUUGCGAGCUUAGCAAGCUUGCGUCCUCGACAACUCAGAAUCAAACCGGACGUGAAAGCCCGCCACCCCCGGCAGCCACGGAUCCGCGACUUCCGCUCACGGCACGUCAGAAAUACACUAUCAUUGCCAGCUGGAAAGCCGUUGCCAGGUCUAUGGAGACUACUGGAGUCUACAUGUUCAUAAAAUUAUUCGAAAGUAACGCAGAACUGCUGAACAUGUUUACAAAUUUUAAACAUCUAAAAACGAAAGAUGAACAAUCAACAAGUCAGGAACUUGCGGAGCAUGCUUUAAAAGUGAUGACAACAUUAGACGAGGGUAUCAAAGGUUUGGAUGAUAUGGACGCUUUUCUAUCUUAUCUACAUCAAGUGGGCGCAACGCAUAGAAAAAUUCCUCAUUUUAAUAGGCAAUAUUUUUGGAAAAUUGAAGCGCCAUUCCUGGAGGCAGUAAAAAUGACACUUGACGACCGAUACACCGAAAAUGUGGAGAACAUAUACAAGUUAACAAUAAAAUUCAUCAUCCAGACGCUGAUCGACGGUUUCGAUCAAGCAGUCAUAUGA